AUGGGGCAACUGUUCGAAGCAAUAUCAUACCAAGAAGAAAGUUUUCAAAAUCUUAUCGUUCGACUACCUAACGUAGCUGCAGAGCUACUAAUUGAAGGACACCCCCUGGAAUUGAUGGAUGGUGAUGCUGCACAUGUUCCCCUUACUUGGGUCACGGCAGUAUUAAAACAAGUACAGGAAAUACUAAAAAACCCUUCAAUCGUUGUCCUUUCAAUACUGGGACUACAGAGCACAGGAAAGUCUACUCUUCUCAAUACACUCUUUGGCGUUCGUUUCAGUGUGAGUGCUGGCAGAUGCACCAGAGGGGCAUUCAUGCAACUUGUACCACUACACCAGACUCUACAGCAAGAAUGCAAAUGUGAAUAUUUUCUUCUUGUGGACACAGAAGGAUUAAGAGCUCCAGAGCUAGAUGCAACGAAGACACAAAAUCAUGACAAUGAAUUGGCUACAUUUGUCAUAGGUUUAGCCAACCUCACAGUAAUCAAUAUCUAUGGUGAGACACCAGGAGACUUGGAUGACAUCUUACAAACAUCGGUGCAUGCAUUUUUGCGCAUGAAAGCAGUGAAACUCAGACCUGGAUGUCACUUUGUUCACCAAAAUGUGUCAGCUGUUAUGGCAGAUGAGAAAGGAAUGAUGGGAAGGUUUAACUUUAAAACCAAGUUGGAUGAAAUGACUGCAGCUGCAGCCAAAGAGGAACAUCUUGAAUCAGAGUAUUCUACUUUCAAUGAGGUUAUAAGAUUCAAUGACGAGAAGGAUGUUACUCACUUUCCCAAUUUGUGGAAAGGAGACCCUCCAAUGGCACCAGUUAAUUUUGGUUACAGCUUCAAAGCCAUUACCUUAAAGACAAAACUUGUUGAUUUUGCAAGGGAAAUGAGUGCAGGCCAUCACAUUAUUGUUUUGUCCCAGUUUGUUAACAUGCUCAAGCAGUUCUGGAAAGCAGUUCUCUAUGAAAAUUUUGUUUUCAGCUUUAAAAACACUUUGGAAAGCUCAACAUACACUUUUCUUGACACUCAAUUUGGAAAGUGGUCUUGGAGCUACCAGCAAGAUAUGCUAGAACGUGAGCAUGAUUUAGCAACAACAAUGGCAAACAGCUCUGAAGAUCCACAGGCCAGCACGAUCUUUGAAGAAGCUAAAAGCAUCCUUUUUGAAGAAGCGGACAGGAAGUAUCAGGCCCUCAAAGUAGAAAUGGAGAAAUUUUUUGCAGAGAGGCCAGAAAGGGAAAUAUUGAUUAAGUGGAAGAGUGAAACUGAAACACAACUACGUCACGUAAGAGAGCAGUUGAUGCGACAUGCAACAACACAUUGUGAGCAGGUGUGGAAAACAUACCUUGCUAAGGUCAAAAUGACAGAAAUUGCUGGCAAUCACAGGAUUGUUAUAGUUCGCCGAGUCAAAGCACUUGUUUCAGAUCUGCAGGAGAAGUUGGCCCACAAACAGCUAGGGGAAAAAUUAAAUGGAAAGCUAACCGACCAGGAGCUUGAGGAUAAAUUUGAGACCCAGUGGCAGGAAUGGAUAAAGGAGCUGCAAAAAAUGUCUGUACAGACACAGGCAGAGGAGAAGGAUAUAAAAUCAGAUGUGCAAUCUUCACUAAGGAAACUUUUUAAGGCUGAAGACUCUAUGUUAAUUAAAAAGCAGGAUCCUGCUCAAAAAGGUAUGUCACUGGAAGAGUGGGGUAAAAUAACCCCACAACUAUCAAACAAACAUGUCAUUGUCAAAGGAAGAAUUGAUUGGUUAAUAAGUAAAGUUGGCUUCACCACGUGGGAACCAUUAGUUGCAGAACAGACAAAAGCCAUUUUUGAUGAAGUAAAAAUGUAUUUAGAUACACUUAAAAACAGAGAUUUUCAUCCUAGUUUUACAAAUAAAGUUAUUCAGAUACUGAUGGAAGGAAUUGAUACCUUUAAAAAGAAUAACAAAGGUCUUGAGUUGACCAAAGAAUACAAAAUUGAAAUUGCUCUCAUCCUUUGUGGUUAUGCUCUUGUACGGUUUCAGAUAAUGGUGACUCAGUUUCGUGAACAAAAUGACCCAGUUAAGUGUUUUGAACAUCAAAAGAAAAGAAAGUAUUUGCAAAUGUUCAAGUACCUGUAUAACCAAACAGCUCAAGAACUUGCUGUAGCUCGGCUCUUUUGCAGUGACAUUGAACAUCAAGUUAGAAAGGAAGUUUUUAAUAGGCUUUCUUUGAAGAUUGUUUCUCAUCUGAGAGAUUACAGGGAGCCAGCAUACAUCGGGGAAAAAAGAGUACUGAUACAAAAGAUUCUACAGCGCAAUGGGCAGGAUCUAAGAAAUCACAAUUUUGACAGUUGUUCACGGUACAUUAUGCAUCCCACAUUAAGUAUCAGCUCUUGGAUAAGAAAGUUUACUGAAGAAUUCUGUGAUCAUGGUCAGCAAUCACGACGUAUUUCUGUCAUUGCAAACCGAAUAUUAGAAGAGCUUAUGAAGGCUAUUAGAGACACAGCUAAAGCUGUUACAAACACAUUUGUUGUGCAUGGAGACACCUUUCAGAUAGUAGUGUGGAUUGGAAAAUUUACAGAUCGAUUGCGAAGCGAGUUGGAGUUAGAUCGUUCAGAAAUGUGUGAACAGGGAGGAGUUCAAAAACUAGGAGAUAUUAAAUACUUCACUGAUGAGUUAGUAAAAGGGCUUAAAAUUGUUGAUAAUAAAUUACAAGAUGAAUUUCAGCUACUAACCUCAGCCGAUCUUGAAAGGUGCAGUGUCACCCCUUAUGCCGCACUAGAUGAUGGUGUUAAUGCAGUUUCUGGAUGCAGAGGGUCAUGUCCAUUCUGCCAUGAGCCUUGCUCCCGUGCUAAGGAUCAUGGUGGAGACCAUUUAGUUGAAGGAAACCGACACCGCCCACAGUGCAUGGGAGGUGUGAAGUACAGGGGAACUGAAGAAAUGGUUUUAACAACAUGCAAUGCUGAGGUAUAUGACAAUAGAUCAUUCUACAAGGACCAAACGACACAUAUCUUACACCCUUACAGAAGAGCUAGUGAAAUAUACCCAGGCUGGAAAAUCGAAGCUAGUACACCAGGUGAGUCACUCAACUACUGGAAGUAUGUUGUAGCUCAGUACAAGCAAAGGCUCAUGGAACUGUAUAACAUGAAAGGAAGCAAAAUUCCAACCGACUGGCAAAAACUGGAGUUGUCCAAUGCCCUUGCAGACUUUGCGGCAUGA